AUGGACCGAAGCCUCGACGAGAUUCUCGAGGAGCGCCAGAGCACCCGUGGUGGACGUCGCGGUGGACGUGGCCGUUCUGAUCGCGACGGUGGCCGCGGACCUCGACGAGACUACGCUGAACGCGAGCGCGACUAUCCCAGAGACGGCAUCAAAAAGUCAUUCCCCAGAGAAGACGCUAGAAACAUUGAUCGUGACUGGGUCCACGAUAAGUUCGAAGACGAUGACUCCCGCCGCCCUGCUAGAGGCUCGCGCAACGAUCGCUACGACAGAGAACCUGCAAGAGAUGCCCCCGGCUCUUCCACCAUCCGUGUUGAGAACAUCCAUUACGACAUCCAGGAGCCAGACUUGAGAGAGUUGUUCGAGAGCAUUGGACCUGUCGAGUCACUACGCCUUCUUUACGACCGCCAUGACCGCUCGCAAGGAGUUGCAUACGUCGUAUACCCUAGUGAAAACCUCGCCAGACGCGCCUGCCGCCAGUUCGACGGCCAAAAUGCCAUGGGCCAACCCAUCUACCUGAAUAUCCAAGAAGCCGCCCGCCCUGCUCGCAACCCCUUUGACAAUGUCGAAAAGCCUUCCCGCAGUUUAUUCGAUCGCAUCGACAGCCGUCGCAGUGCUAGUCCCAACUCGCGCAACGUCGAUCGCUACGUUCCCCCUGGCGGUAGAGGUCCCCGCUCGCGCAGUCCCCGUCGUGAGGGACGUGGCGCUCCUCGUGAGACUGGACGCCGUCCUGGUGCUCGUCGUGAAAACACUGAUCGCCGUGGAGGUGGCCGCGAACGUGGCGACAGACGUGGCCCGGGACCCAAGAAAGACAAUGAUGGAAGACCUAUGGUACAGGGACGCCCGAGAAAGACAGCCGAAGAGCUUGACGCUGAGAUGGAUGACUAUUGGGGUGGCGGCUCUGCUCCCAAUGAAGGCAGUGCUGUUGCGUCUGGCGAAAACGAGCCUGGCCGCGAGCCUCAGGUUUCGACAAUUGCUGGAGGAGAAAACAACAACAUGGGCACCACAUCCACAGCUCCGGAAGAUGACAUUGACCUCAUGGUCGAGUAG